CGGAAAUCAUUGUCUCCUCCCGAAAGAAUUCACGCGUCGCCGCUAUCUACACAGUACAUUCCAGCCAUGGCAUUAGCGUGCUUCACAGCAUUCAUCGAGAAGUAUCUCAACAAGUUUUUUCUUAAGGACAAUUCAGCGAUUAUCCAAGAGCAACUUGCUGUUUUCAAUCAUCUCCUUGCAUUUGUGGAUGCGAAGCUGUACACUCGCUUAGCUUCUAUGGAUUUUUAUCCAGAACUCUUUGCAAUUCCAUGGUUUCUUACCUGUUUUGCACAUGUUCUACCUAUACACAAGCUGUUUCAUGUUUGGGACCAACUGCUGCAACGGGACUCCUCUUUUCCUCUGUUUAUCGGACUGGCCAUACUCCAUCAACUACGCCAAACUCUCAUUGAAGCUUCUUUUAACGAUGCAAUACUUCUAUUUUCCGAUCUUCCAGAUCUGUCAAUGGAGGUUGUGGUAGCAGAAUCUAUUGCAUAUUAUGAUCGUGUUCCACCCAGUUGUGCAUUUCGAUCACACGCGUAUAUCAACAAUACAGAUUAA